CAUGCGUACGAAAGUCGAAAUCAAAACAAACCAAACUAACACAUUAUUUUUACAUAAUUUUCCGGAGUUUGAAAAAAUCCGAUAUUUUCCAUAAAAACUUGUGACUUACCGCUGGAAAAAUGUCCACUAUCAAGUACAUCGGCCGCACCACCGAUUUCAAAGGUAAAACGCUGUGGGAAAUCGUAGGAAACCUGAAAAACUUUGGCGUUGGACGCGUUGUGGUGCGGAGCAUGUUCGAGCGCUAUCCGGAGCCGAGUUACAUGAAAAUCGUCAAAGUCGAAACCCUGCCCAAUGAGGAAACUCGCAAAGUGAAGGUUACCGUCGAAAAGACCUUCCGCGGUCGCACCUAUCCCAAGCUGGUGGAGAUUAACAGCGUGUCCUACAAGGCGGAUUACCGAUUGCUGCACAAACACGAAGAGGAAUCCUACUGCAAGGCGGUGCCUCGGGAGGAAAAGGUCAUUCCACGGGAAAUCGAUUUGCCGCCCCUGUUGAGAGAGUUCGUUCAAAAGGAGACGGGUAAAGAUGCCCCGAAGAUUGCCAUCAAGUUGAAGCCCGGGCACAACAACAUCUACCGGCUAGCCAACGAAGGGGAGAAGCCUACUGUCGAUGUUUCGAUGGGUAUCGGAAAUCCUGCUAGUCCCAGAUUGUACGCAAAUUGUGAAUUAUAAUUGCAUUUUUUUUUAAUACAGUUAGGUUGAUUAUUGAAA